AAGUCAUUGGUUCAUUGGAGGCUCAGCUGGAAUCCCGGGCUGAACUGAGAGAUAAGAAAGCUACCUUAAAGCUACUUCUAAACAUUCAUGACUCUGUCUCCAAAGUAGAAGAUUUAUUGAAUAUCAACGCGGAUAUCGCUAAAUCUACCAGCAUCGCUAAUAUUACACUAAACGACGAAGCCGUUACCACUGACGACAGUUUGGGAAAACAGAUCGAAAGAGUGGCUAUAGAAUAUAACCAAAUGCAACAUCUAGUACGUAGAGGAAAAGAUAUGGCUUUCGUUACAGAAAACGAAUGGAGAAUCACCCGUAUCAAGGACACAAUGGAGCAAAGAUUAUCAACGGCUUUAUCGACAGCACUUUCUCAGAUUAGACUUGGUGAAGUGACAAGAGCUACAAAGCAGUCAUUGACCCAAUGUCUAAGAACGUAUGCCCUGAUUGAUCAAACGCAAAUGGCCGAGAAGAUUGUUCGCGAAGAGUUUGUUAAACCUUGCCUGGCAAAAAUCAUUACCCAAAAAGCAGUAGAGGGCGCUCGAAAUUAUGGCUCCCCCACAGGAACAGAUGAAAGCAAACAUCCUUUGUCCAUCAUGUACUCAAAAAUAAUUACAUUUGCCUCAACAGAUCUACAGCCAAUUCUUGAUAUCACUCAAAAAACACUCAAAGGAUCCAGUUAUGAAAUUUUGGUCAAUUCACUCUGGUUGGAAACCACUGAGAGAAUAAAUAAAGAAUGUAAAAGUAUAUUUGCAGCGGGUCAAACAGAUGUCUUUCACAAGAAUUAUACGGCAACCGUGUCAUUUAUAUCCGAUUUGGAAGGUUUAUGCUACUCCAAACGGUCGUUAUUAUAUCUUCGCAACCAUCCUACAUACACUGAAUUUAUGAAGAAGUGGCAGCUUCUAGUCUACUUUCAACUAAGGUUCCGUGAAAUUAUCAAGAACGUUGAAAGUACCUUAAACGAGCCAAAUGAAAGUUUGUCGUUAAACAAUGCCGACCUGAAAAAGGAUAUAAUCCUGCCAGGUAGCAGAGUGAUAUUGACUGCUAUAAGUCAGUGCUGGUCCGACCAAAUUUUCUUGUAUGGGUUGUCCCAUCGCUUCUGGAAACUUACCCUUCAAUUGAUCAUAAGAUACAACGUAUGGGUGUCAGAGGUUGUCAGUAAUUCUAUAAGUACUGGAAAGAAGCUGGAAAAUCUAAAGAUUCUUGCGAUUCUGAGACACGAUAUCAACACAUUUGUAAAAAAACUCAAAUUACAAACAGUCGAAGUGAUGUUACCUAAAUUGCCUACUAAUGUUCAAGACCUACCAUCAUUGAAAGAGAGUGUGGACGGAGUUUUGGACCACUUAAAUAAUUCAACCUUACCAGCAAUUAAUUCAAGUAUUACAGUAUUAGCACUUUGAAUUCAGACAAGGAAAACUAAUUUUCAGAUAAACCUAAAAAUGAUUUCAGAUGAACAAAAAUAUAUUUCAGACAGAAGUAAAAAAAUGAUUCAGACUAACGUAAUAUAUAUAUAUACAAAUAGAAUAAAAAAAAUUCCAGACAAAGGCUAUCAAAGGAUGUAUCCUAUGAA